GAGUUCAGACAGACCGUGAACGCAGCAUUAAUGUGAGUCACAUGACAGGCCAGCCUCUCCGACUGACCAGAUACACAUCUAAUAAUCAUGCCAACCACUCAGCAGUCUCCCCACGACGAGCAAGAGAAGCUUCUAGAUGAAGCUGUCCAGGCUGUCAAGGUCCAGUCCUUCCAGAUGAAGCGAUGCCUGGACAAGAACAAGCUGAUGGAUGCUCUGAAGCAUGCUUCUAAUAUGCUGGGUGAGCUGAGGACCUCCAUGCUGUCUCCAAAGAGCUACUAUGAGCUCUAUAUGGCUAUCUCUGAUGAACUUCACUACCUGGAAGUUUAUCUGACUGAUGAGUUUGCCAAGGGACGUAAAGUGGCAGAUCUCUAUGAGUUGGUCCAGUAUGCAGGCAACAUCAUUCCCAGACUCUACCUGCUAAUCACGGUGGGUGUGGUGUACGUCCGCUCCUUCCCCCAGUCUCGUAAGGACAUCCUGAAGGACCUUGUUGAGAUGUGUCGUGGUGUCCAGCAUCCGCUCAGGGGUCUCUUCCUCAGAAACUACCUGCUGCAGUGCACCCGCAACAUACUGCCAGAUGAUGGAGAGCAGCCAGAGGGAACAGAGGAGAUGACCGGUGAUAUCAAUGACUCCAUUGACUUUGUCCUCCUGAACUUUGCGGAGAUGAACAAGUUGUGGGUAAGAAUGCAGCAUCAGGGUCACAGCCGAGACCGAGAGAAGAGGGAAAAGGAACGACAAGAACUUCGGAUUCUGGUUGGCACUAACCUGGUUCGCCUCAGCCAGCUGGAGGGGGUCAAUGUGGACAAGUACAAACAGAUUGUUCUGGCUGGAGUGUUGGAGCAGGUUGUGAACUGCAGGGACUCGUUGGCUCAGGAGUAUUUAAUGGAGUGUAUCAUUCAGGUUUUCCCAGACGAGUUCCACCUUCAGACCCUGAACCCUUUCCUCCGCUCCUGUGCCGAGCUCCAUCAACAUGUCAACGUCAAGAACAUCAUCAUUGCCCUGAUUGACAGACUGGCUCUGUUUGCUCAUCGAGAAGACGGCCCUGGAAUCCCAGCUGAGAUCAAACUGUUUGACAUCUUCUCUCAGCAGGUGGCCACAGUCAUCCAGUCUCGCCAGGACAUGCCAUCAGAAGACGUGGUCUCCCUUCAGGUCUCGCUCAUCAACUUGGCCAUGAAAUGCUACCCUGACCGGGUCGACUAUGUGGAUAAAGUACUGGAGGGAACUGUGGAGAUAUUCAACAAGCUCAACUUGGAACACAUAGCAACAAGCAGCGCAGUGUCAAAGGAGCUAACCCGACUGUUGAAGAUCCCAGUGGAUACCUACAACAACAUCCUGACCGUGCUGCAGCUCAAGCACUUCCCACCACUCUUUGAGUACUUUGACUAUGAGUCACGCAAGAGCAUGAGCUGCUAUGUGCUGAGCAACACGCUGGAGUACAACACCACCAUCGUGGCACAGGAACAGGUGGACGCCAUCUUGAACUUGGUAUCAACACUGAUCCAGGACCAGCCUGACCAACCGGCCGAUGACCCCGACCCAGAGGACUUUGCUGAGGAGCAGAGCCUUGUGGGUCGUUUCAUCCACCUGCUCCACUCCGAUGAUCCUGAUCAGCAAUACCUUAUUUUGAACACGGCCAGGAAACAUUUUGGUGCAGGUGGAAACCAAAGGAUUCGCUACACACUCCCUCCUUUGGUGUUUGCUGCCUACCAGCUGGCCUUCAGAUACAAAGAAAACUCCUCAUCGGAUGACAAGUGGGAAAAAAAGUGCCAGAAGAUCUUUUCCUUCGCCCACCAGACCAUCAGUGCACUUAUCAAGGCUGAGCUUGCUGAGCUGCCUCUUCGACUCUUCCUGCAGGGGGCGCUGGCUGCAGGGGAGAUUGGCUUUGAGAACCAUGAGACUGUAGCUUAUGAGUUCAUGUCACAGGCCUUUUCGCUGUAUGAGGAUGAGAUCAGUGACUCUAAAGCCCAGUUGGCAGCCAUCACACUGAUCAUCGGUACCUUUGAGCGGAUGCGGUGUUUCAGUGAAGAAAACCACGAGCCGCUGAGGACCCAGUGUGCCCUGGCUGCCUCGAAGCUGCUGAAGAAGCCCGAUCAGUGCCGAGCCGUCAGUAUCUGUGCUCACCUCUUUUGGUCAGGCCGCAGUACUGACAAAAAUGGUGAAGAGAUCCGCGAUGGUAAGCGGGUGAUGGAAUGUCUAAAGAAAGCUCUGAAGAUUGCAAACCAGUGCAUGGACCCAUCGCUGCAAGUCCAGCUGUUCAUUGAAAUCCUCAACAGAUACGUUUGCUUCUACGAGAGGGAAAACGAUGCGGUGACCGUCCAGGUAUUAAACCAGCUGAUCCAGAAGAUCAGGGAAGAUCUCCCCAACCUGGAGGCCAGCGAAGAAACGGAGCAGAUCAACAAACACUUCCACAACACACUGGAGCAUCUUCGUCUGCAGAGAGAAUCCCCCGAGUCCGAGGGCCCCGCCUAUGAGGGCCUGGUCCUUUAAAACUCUUUCAGAUGUUUCACAAUGUUAUGAAUAUAAAACUGUAGGCCAGGAUUCAAAAUAAAUGUCAAGAAGAGCUAAAAGAAGUCACUCAUUUCCUCCUCAUUAUCUUUCACUGGCACAACAUUUAUGACGCAGCUCGGAGGUAUUUGAGGCGAGUCUUAGGCACCAAUCCUUUAUGAAUUCUUUUUUGACCAACUUUGUGUUAACCUAUACCAUUGUAUUUUUUAGAAUUAUAAUCAGAUUUUUGUUUCUCCCUGCUCGCUUUGUUCACAUCAUUCCAUAAGGAGAGUGACUGUAUUAACAACAUGUAUAAAGUCUGCAGAAAGUGCUGUUCAGUAUGUGUGAAACAGGUUAGGACCGCACAUGCAAACAUUGAAGGUCCCAUUUAAAAUGUGCCCAUAGUUCAAGAGCAGCAUCUUUUCACCUUUUUAAACUUUGUUGAAUUUUAAGUUAAUAAUCGUGAAGCAUUUUGCAUGAUCCUCAAGUCUUCUGUUAGCCAGGCUGAGAUGAAAAGAAAAUACAAACAACCCCAUGACUCAAAUAACCAAGAUAGGGUUCAUAUUUUUAAGAAGAUCCUAUCCUUUCAUACUCACGCAGUAACACGAGAUUAGUCUCUGUUGGCUCCAUAUUUCAUGUGCUGGUUCAUUUAUGGACUCCUCCUCAGUGCGUCGACAUGUUCAGAACUGCAGCAUGUGUUUGUAUGCUUUAGUGUGCAUAAGGUUAGGGUUUACUCUUAAGAGUCCAACCACCCACAAUGUCAGACUUAGUCAAUAAGUAAAACAAUGUUUUCUUGGUGAUGCUGUCCUUUCAGAUCCAUCUCUCAUGUAGGGGUUGCAACAGUUCCUCAGGAUUUGCUCACUAGUUGACAGUUGCUUUAAUGAUGUAAAAGUUUGUGUGUAAAGUUUUGAAAUGGUUUGCUGCAGCCUGACAGUUCCUGCUGAUCUAUCUUUCUAAACUCUUUUGUUGAUUUGUUGAAGGCAGUAUGGAGCACUUUCUCUCCCCUAAUGAAACCUAUGUAAACCCACUUGUGAAUCAGAUCAAGAAAACAACCGAUUAUAAAAAUUAUUGUUGUCACUUGCUGAAAUAAAAUUAAAAUUAACAAUA